AUGAAAACAUAUGUUCUCAAGGGUUUACUUGCCGAUUUAUGGAAGCCAUCAGUGUCAUGGCGUUUAGUUCCACUCGGGAAGGGCUACUUUGAUAUUCACUUUGGCACUGAGCAUGAUUUACGCAGAGUUUGGGGGUGGUACAUGCACUCUGCCCGAUGGUCUCUUUCGAUUAUCGCAUGGAAACCUGACUUUGUCCCUGGGGAUGUCCUUCCACAAACACAUGUCCAACUUUGGGUCAUGAUGUAUGGUUUGAGCCAAGAUUACUGGCAUCCUCGACAUCUCAUGGAGAUUGCUCGUGGACUGGGUACGCCUUUGCAGUUGGACAAGGCUACUAAGGAGCAUGAGUUUGGUUACUAUGCUCGUGUGCUAGUAGAUGUUGAUCUUGCAAACGAACUUCCAUCUUCGCUCAUGGUCGAACGUGAGGCACAUUGUUUUCCUAUUGAGAUUGUUUGUGAGAAUAUGUGCAGUUAUUGUGGUAUGGUUGGGCAUAUGACCGAUCGUUGUAGACAAUUACAAGAUGAUCCAAAGCCUUGUCAUUCUGAGAAGCCGAUUUCGAAACCGAAGUUGAGAGACAUUGAUGAAGGGAGAACUAUUGAAGACAAUGGGAGUGACAUUGAUGAAAGGAGAACUAUUAAAGACAAUAGGAGAGUUAGUACUCCAGAUGAUAAAGCUUUAGUUCCAAGGCCAUGUACUCCUACUUCUAGUGAAAAUCAGUUUGUCAUUCUAGCUCAGGAGGCUAUGGUGGGGGCUGCUAAUGAAUUAACUGAGCAAUUGGCAGACCAAGUCUUCCAGGGGCCAAAUUCUCAGACCCUUGAUGUAGAGAACUCAAUGGUGGUUACUAAUGAGGCUUUAGAUGAUGUUGAAGACUCAUUCCUCACCCCCUCAACGAGGACAGAGGACAAUGCAAUUGUGGUUCGAGAGCCGGAAGAUGAUGAGUUUGGGGAUGUAAACAUAAUGGUGGAGAAGUCAUUUGAUGAUUUGCAUAUAAUUCAGCUGGAAAUUGCUAGCUUGGGUCCUUCUGAUGACUUACUUUCCAGGGAGAGUGUUGCCAGUGCUCAAGUUCAUGAGGCUCUUUUGCUUCAAGAGAAAUUUUUAUGUGAUAAAGAUAAAAUGGCUUACUGA